AUGUUUGACAGCACCGAUUCAACUACAGCUAGUAGCUACUCAAAGCACUCAGAAUUUUAUACUCACACAAUUACCUUCCUCGUAGAGGAUUCGCUGUUCCGGAUUUCCAGGGAGCCGUUAGAGGCCGAGUCCACUGUCUUCAGGGACAUGUUUCUACUCCCCCGAGGCAUUUCUAAGAAGGAAUUUGAGAGUUUGUUGCGAGCCCUCAUGUACAGAAAACAUGGGACAAAUAGGGGUUUGGAUUUGGACUGCGACCAAUGGAUCUCGGUCCUCAAGUUGUCUACGAUGUGGGAGUUCGUCGGGUUGCGUAAUGCUGCCAUUCAACAUUUAGAUAUUCCUUCCGAGCUGGUCGACCCCAUAGACAAAGUGGUGCUCGCUUUGCAGUACAACAUCAGAGAGUGGCUACUCCCCGCUUUUCUGGCGCUAGCCAAAAGACCCACACCGAUCAGUAUAGAAGAAGGGCGUCGUAUCGGUUUCGAAAACGCGCUGAAGUUGGCUUCAGUGCGAGAGAAACUUCGGCUAGUAAUGGUCGUGGAAGAAUUCACAUUCACCUACAAGAGUUGUACUCGGACGCAGAAAUACAACACUCGAUGCCUUGUCCUCGGCGAUAGGGACAAAGAAGCUGAAAACCUCGACUACACCCCGUUCAUACGCGAAGUUUUUGGUCUAUAG